AUGCCAAAUUACAUGCUCGGCCCGUCCAAUUGCGAUGGCACCACCAGCUUCUACGAUUUGUGCUGCCCCAACAGUUGCGAAGUCCACAAAAGCCGUCUUGAGCGUGCACUGAUGACAGAUCAAGGUGAUCCAUUAAACAUCAUCACAACUGUUAUCCGCGAGCGAAGUGGAUUUGACCUGCCCGAGAUGCACUUCCAGCUGGAACAGCUAGCGAAGGAGCAUGGCGGAAAGAUCCUCAUCCAUGGCCAAGCUUUCGCAGAUUUGUUGCACAUAGUAUUUCCUCGUGAAUGUCCCAAACCUAGGGCCAGUGACUUCAAAGGCAUGACUGGCGCAGUGCCGGAUGCCAAUGCUGAAUUCCAACCAACUACUGCUUUGAAAGCAGAUUUGUUUGAAUGGUGA